AUGGGUACUACUCCAGUAGUGAAAUAUCCGGAACGUUUUAUAUGUCCCAUCACGCAUGAAGUCAUGGAAGAUCCUGUAAUGGAUCCAGACGGUAAUAGUUACGAGCGAAGAGCCAUUAUUCAUCGACUAUCACGAGACUCAACAUCACCCAUAACGAGAAAUCCCCUGACCGUAGGAGAUUUGGUACCAAAUCAAAUUCUACUAGAGGCCAUCGAACAGUUCAAAACACACCGAUCACCGUGUGACAUAUGCCGCGUGGUCAUGAAUACCUAUCACAACAAUGCUGGUGUAUGUAUUUGGGAUGGGUGUAUAGUGACAAUGUCAGAUGGACGGCCAAGAUUUGUCAAAAAUAUUCGACGAGGCGACAUUAUCUGGGGUGGAGCGAAAGUCGUUUGUGUAGUAAAAAGUGUGUGCAAAAAUUCACAAGCAGAAAUGAUUCAGUUUGAAAAUGGUCUUGUCAUCUCCCCAUGGCAUCCAAUACGAUUAAACGGAAAACAUUGGCACUUCCCUUGUGAAGUUGGCGGCUUUACCCGUUCAAUUGUACUUGAGGCGAAAGAGGUGUACAAUUUCGUUCUCGACAGCCAACAUACGAUGAUAGUGAAUGGUAUUGAAUGUGCCACAUUGGGUCACUAUUUUAAAGGAGAAGUUAUCGAACACGGGUACUACGGAACAGAACAUGUCAUAAAAGAUCUAAAAGCUCUUGCCGGAUGGAAAAGUGGUUGUGUGGUGGUGAUGCCCUGUCAAUUAAUUCGAAAUCGAGUAACGGGACUUGCAACUGGAAUUAAAAACACAUACAACGCAUCUAACGUUGACAGUGGUUGA